AUGUCUUCGUGGUGGUUUCAGCAAGAUUGCAGCGUGCUCUAUGCUGCUGCUGGAGUGACUGACCUCGCUGUGGGCGGAGAUGAAGCCCUCGCUGCGGGUAAUUACGACAAGGCUAUCGAGCUUUACUCCGCAGCGAUCGAUCUCGACUUUGCAACCCAUACCACCUUUGCAAACCGCAGUAAAGCGAGGUCGGGAAAAAUGCUAUGGAACGAUGCACUCCUCGAUGCGGAAAAGGUCAUUGAACUCGACCCUUCAUCUUACUUUGGAUAUCAGUUGAAGCAUGCGGUGCUUCAUGGCGCACAUAGAUAUGAUGAAGCCAUCGAGGCGCUCUCAACCAUGCUCUCCAAGUUGGAAAGUGCUCCCGAUACAGAAACAAGAAACUUGCGCCAACAGUAUAUUAGUCCAUCCGAAGCAGAACAUGCUAUUGAAGACAGCAUUAAGGCCCAGCUCGACAACGCCCCGCACCGUCUAAUCAACACCUCCACUGGGCGCUUAUGCAACCGCGAGGCACAGAUCAAUGCCUUCAGAACAAGCACAGUGCACAAAGAACUUUUGUCAUCCACAACGAAACAUCCGGACUUUCAAAUGGAGCGCAUCCAAGACGUGGUGUCGAUGUGGGAAGUGACGGAGCCAUCACUGCAUAACAUCCAGAACAAGGUGGUGUACGACUUGGAUCCAAUCGGUGGCAUCGCAAAGUUGCAGUCAUUCUGUAGAACUGCUCGUGAUAAAGGGUAUUGUUGGGCAUGGAUUGAUACCUGUUGCAUCGACCAGACUAACAAUGUCGAGGUCCAACAAUCGGUCAACUCCAUCACUCACCAUCGUCUACCUGUCGGACGUUCCACCUUGUCGCAGUCUGGCGCACUCACAAGUAGCGCUUGGAACACGCGAGGAUGGACAGUUCAAGAAUUUCUGGCUUCAAUGUUUGUACUCUUUUACCAGAAGGAUUGGUCGUUGUAUCUCGACGAUCGCUCUCCCAACCACAAAGAUUCUCUUACAAUCAUGCAGGAGAUGGGAGAUGCGACGGGAAUAGAUGCACGAACCCUUGUUGCCUUCCGUCCGGGGAUGAGAAACGCCCGGGAGAAACUCCAAUGGGUGUCAGCGCGUGUUACCACAUGGCCGGAAGAUAUUGCAUACUCAUUGUUUGGUAUCUUCGGCGUCAACCUACCUGUCAUUUAUGGCGAGAAGAAGCAAAAGGCGCUUGGGAGGCUCUUGCAGGAGGUCAUAGCUCAGUCGGGCGACAUCAGUGCCCUGGACUGGGUGGGGCAAUCAUCCGAAUUCAAUAGCUGUCUGCCGGCCGACAUUACUUCAUACAAAGCACCACCGUACACCCUGCCAUCUCUGUCUGAAGAUGAGAUUCAGAGUUCGGUUUCUUUACUGCGAAACACCGUGGCUAUCGAAUCAGCUUCAAAGCUUUAUACCCUUCUCGAUCAGAAGAACGCUCCUCCAUUUCGUGUCACGGCAGUGAAACGGAGUCAUACUCGAGACCAAGAUUCACAUUCCGCGUAUGAAGUCAAGGCAGACGGUCUUCGCGACCUGUUAAUCACCAUGGAGGACAAACUGAUUCCGUCCUCCUGGACAUUUUCCACACGGCAGACGUUCUUGCUCGUCCGCCCAUGGGAUCGUGAUCUCCUCGAGCUGCCUGAUUUUGCGGAGCUGUUAGGCUUGGCAGCUAGGCUGCCUGACAUUGCAGACGACACGCAGAGCGAGGAAUUCUAUUGGAUUCACCUGGCGGGUCCCUUGAAGCAGAGGAGCCGGUUGAUUUGGAAUCGGGCGAGCGAGCGUUGCGAUUGA